AUGGGAAAUCAGUAUGAAGAAAUGAACCAUUACACUGGCGCCAAAAACAGUUGCAUGUAACAGCGCCAUUUUGCUGGUGUUAUGUCUGGGCUGUAUUGAUGGAUAUGAUCUGUCAGUGACGUGGGGGUGUGUCAUUGUAUGUUUUGGUUAUAACUGAAAGCAGUCAUCACAAGGAUGAUAGAGAAUUUUCCGGAUGAACUGAUUAUUGAAAUAUUAUCACAUUUGUCAGCUCUUGACAUAGUUAAAGGUGCACAAUAUGUAUGUCAGAGAUGGCACAUACUCUGCAAGAGCCCAGCUGUUUGGAAAGGGAAGGAACAGAAGAUAGAUGGCAAGCAUAAUACACGUGAUGUUGUGGAGAUAGCAAAGGUGAUUCCUCAUAUAACUUCACUUUGUAUUGGAAAAUCGGACAAUUCAGACAAUUUCCAGGCUUGGUUCACUGGUUCACAUUUAUAUAUUUCCUCGUCUAUCGAGCGUGAUGAGCUGAAAUGCAUAGUAGACCAUCUAAACAUCAAGAAUGUAUCAGCUCCAAGGUCUGUUAUAAGUCGGUGUCGCAGCAUACUCUUCACUGAUAAUGUGAAAUUGGAAUCAUUAACGGUUUAUAUGGGUAACAGACCACCUCCAGACAAAGAUGACACCUUUGAGCCGUUGGUGAAACAGGGAAGCCUGGCACGUCUAAGAGCACUGCAUUUCUUUGGUGCCAGAGCACUCAGUGCAGAUACAAUAUCCUUGUUAUGUCAAUCUUGCACAGAUCUAGAAGAGCUCUGUUUGCAUCAGUCAAAUAAGGUUACAUCAGAAGCACUGUAUAAUCUGAAGAAUUGCAGCAAAUUGAAGAUUUUACAAAUUACAGACACCGCUGCUCUUAAGGACCUUUCAUUUUUAAAAUAUUGUCCGGGUGUCACUGAAUUGGAUAUCAGUCAGUGCUAUUCUUUGCGUCCAGCUGCAUUUCAGCACCUACUACAUUUGAAAAACCUGAAAAGGUUCCAUAUGAGGCAUUCUAAUGUAAAUGGUUUACCACUAUCUGCAAUGAGAGAGUCCAUGAAGCAGCUGAAGAUCAUCGACCUGUAUUAUUCUUAUGGAUACAGUGAACGUGAGGUGGUCCAGUUAAAACGGUUUGCACCUCAUAUAACAGUGUUAGAAGGCACAUUUAAUUUUGAUAGGCAUUGACAGUUCACGAACACACCUCAUAGGUAAAAUACAAAUGUCAUUCUAUUUAUAUAUCAGAAUAUAUAAAAUGUUCCCAAUAAAAUAAAUAUAUGUACAUGCUAUUAGGUAAAUACUUAUAUUAUCAGAGGUUUCUGCCACUGUUUCCAGUAAAAUAAAUAAAUAUUUGUACAUGCUACUAACUAAAUACUUUAUGUC